AUGUAUCGAUUGCAGAACGCGAAGCCCAGACAUACGUACCGCGGCUGCAGCGGCCACAAGGACUGGCGGAAUAAGCCACCGGUGCCGGCUAGUCCAGCUUGCCACCGGAGUGGCCUUGUCGCUAGGAGUGUCGAUGUUUGUCUUGGUGGUUGUUGGUUUCUGCAUCCCCCGCCGCAGACGCCAACCGGCGCCAGUGCCUCCCUCGCUGAGCGCCGCCGUCGGGCCCGUCUGUCGAUGGGACAGUACUGCGGAGCGGCCGAGGCGAUGCAGAUUAGGGCAGUCGUGGUUGCUGUCGUAGGUCUUCGUGACGGUCUCUGGACUCUGGAGCAGGUAAUGAUGCGCCGCAGCUCGGCACGCCGACUGCCUGCAAAAGACGGGCCGGAUGACGACUCCACGUCCAGGGUCUCUUCAACCCCAGUCUGGUGCUGUCCGCCGCCUGGGCUGGGCCCCGUGCUCCGUGCCGCGCGCGUACAGGCCUUGGAGGAUAUAUAUCCCCGCCACCAGGCGGAGACGGAUGAGCAAGCUGACGAUGAGAUGCGUCGCGCCCGAGUCGUGAGGCGUCAGGCGUGA